AACAAGACUUGGACUCUUAGCUCUUUUUUCUCAGACACCGGCAAUAUUUGUUUUUCCAAAUUAAAAAUCGAGGAAAAAAUUCGGACCAAAGACCACUUCAAUGGGUCAUACCCUUCUUCGGCAGUUUCCUAAAACCCCACAAUACAAGCUCACUUUCACCAGCUCCUCACGCAAGACCAACUACCGUCUAAUCAGGAGCCCAUGGCCGGUAAUCUCUAUCAAAUGGACCCUCAAUCAGCGGCUGAAAAAGCGGUUUCCGUUAUCGGAUUUGGGUACGACUUCUCCAAGGAUAUCAGGCUUUCAGCUUGCCUGCCGGGCCCUUCUGGCUCGAGAUUGAUCGAACUUGACUCGGCAGCUAGUCGGGACCUGGUUUUUCCUGGUGGGAUUGUUGUAAAAAAUGUGCCCAGUUCGAUUAAAUGUGAUAAAGGCGAGCGCACCAGGUUUCGUUCUGAUGUUCUUUCUUUUAGUCAGAUGUCGGAAAAGUUCAACCAGGAUCUAUCAUUAUCCGGCAAGAUUCCUUCGGGCUUAUUCAAUGCCAUGUUCGAUUUCAAGGGCUGCUGGCAGAAGGAUGCCACUUCCGCAAAAAAUCUUGCCCUGGAUGGUUUGUUCCUAACACUGUACAGUGUUGAGUUGGAAAGAACAAACAUAACUUUGUCCGAGCGUGUGAAACAAGAGGUGCCUACUACAUGGGACCCUGCUGCCAUUGCCGAGUUCAUCGAAAAAUACGGUACUCAUGUUGUUGUUGGGGUUAAAAUGGGAGGUAAAGAUGUUAUACAUGUUAAGCAAUUACAAAAUUCGAAUCUUCAGCCAAAUGAAGUGCAGAAAACUUUAAAGCAGUUGGCUGAUGAGAGAUUUUCAGAAAAUAUAGGAACUCCUCAAUUCUCGGAAAAACAAAAGGAAGAACCUUGUAUGCCUUGGGAACUUCAAAGGGUGCUCGCUGGAUCAAUUAGGCCACCUGUUGUUACUUGCUCAAAGAAUAAUGACACUAUGAAUAUCUAUAUUCGAAGGGGAGGCAUUGAUUUUGGUCAAAGUCAUAGCCAGUGGCUAUCGACAAUAUCACAAUCACCAAAUGUCAUUUCAAUGGCAUUUGUGCCUAUUACUUCUCUACUAAGCGGUGCUCGGGGAAAUGGAUUUUUAAGCCAUGCAGUGAACUUGUACCUACGAUAUAAACCACCGAUAGAGGAACUCCAUGUAUUUCUAGAAUUUCAAUUACCUCGACAAUGGGCUCCCAUAUACUGUGAUCUGCCUCUCGGUCUCAAGCGCAGAAAACAAGCAUCCCCUUCACUUCAGUUCACUUUUAUGGGGCCUAAGCUUUAUGUUAACACUGCAAGGGUUGAUACCGGAAACCGACCUGUGACAGGAAUACGCCUAUUCUUGGAGGGUAAGAAGAGUGACCAUCUAGCAAUCCAUCUUCAGCAUCUCUCAACUCUACCUACAUCCCUGCAGCUCUCAUAUGAUCACAGCUAUGAAUCAAUCGAUGAGCCAGAACGUGGGUACUUGGAACCUGUUAAGUGGAGCAUAUUCUCACAUGUAUGCACCGCCCCUGUACACUACAACGGAUCCCCCUUUGAUGAUACAGCUCCUAUAGUGACCAAAGCUUGGUUCGAGGUAAAGGUUGUCGGAAUGAGGAAAGUUCUGUUCCUGAGGCUUGGGUUCUCCAUGGUGGCCUCCGCUAGGAUCCGCAGAUCAGAAUGGGACGGACCCUCAACACAGUCACGGAAAUCCGGAGUCUUCUCAAUGUUGAUCAGCACAAGGUUCAGUUCAAGACUGAAUCCGAACGAGAAAACAACUAAAGUGGACUUAAAUUCAGCAGUUUUUCCAGGUGGUCCACCUUCACCACCAAAAGCACCGAAAAUGACAAACUUCGUAGACACAAAGGAGAUGGUUAGAGGAGCUGAGGACACACCUGGAUAUUGGGUGGUUACUGGAGCCAAACUUUGUGUAGAAGGUGGCAGAAUCUCAAUUAAAGCCAAGUAUUCAUUGCUAACAAUAAUGUCAGAAGAAAGUAUGAUGUUGAUGUGAGAAAAAUACCCAUUAUUUUGUACCGCUCUGUAAAGUAGAUGUUGGCAUGUACUGAUGCACCAUUUUAUUUGAAA